CUCAAAUCCUCGCCAUUCGCGCGGCUCAAAGCCAAGUCGGCUCCCACCACUCACUCCUUCGAUUCAAUCCGAAACUGGAUUGCUGAAACUAUGUCGAAUGAGGAGAUAGGCUCGAAGCCAAGCUGGCCCUCCUCAAACGAAGUUUUCGAACAAUGGGACCUUGCGAUGCGCGUCGCUCAUGACACCCUUCUCAAUGGAAGGGUCACUGAACGCACACAAUUCAUCCAUGACCACAUCCUCCCACUAUGCGACCAAGAGCUUGGUUCGCGCCAAACAAUGGAUAUAUUUGCUCUUCUCACCAGCACUUACCCGCGCUACACCGAUUCCGAGUCGCGUGCUGCAGUUGAACAAGUUGGAGCUGCCCUCAUUCGUCAGGAUACAACAUUGGCUGAACCUGUCGUCAUUUGGCUCAACUCCCAAUCCACCCACGCCAAUGCCCCAACCGAUAUAUUCGCUCUUCUGUCCUGGGCUUGCGCGUUACUACCAUUGGUUGUCGACACUCCUCAGAAAAACGAGCUUUUGCGCGUCCUAGCUGACUUGCGGAAUUACCCGCGUUCGGAGGGCAUUCCGAGGCGUAAGCUCCCAACUUUCAUUCAAUUUCUGCUGAUUGUGCUCGAGAUAUCAAAACAACUUCCCGAUAUCAUAAGCACCCUCCUCGGUUUACGCGCUAUUCCACUGUUAGGAACCACGAUUGACGUAGUGAUUCAUCUAAAACACACGCCUGAACCUGUGGAGGCGCGAUUGAGUGCUGAAACUAAAGCUGCUGUUCUUGACCUUUACUGCAAGGAUGUUAUUGAAUGCAGAACUCCAGUACCUCGCCACAUUCUCUCCUCGCUUGAGCUCUUCAUCGCAACCUACGUGGAGUCAAGCAACUUUGACUUGGUCGUCCUCCCGUCUCUAGAAAAGGCGCUGAGUAGAUCGAGUAUAAGUGGUGCUUGCGCAUUCUUGACCACAUACAAGAAUCCGAUUCCAGUGUCAGCUUAUCAUCGAUUAUUUGGGCACAUUUUGCCACUUGCUCGCAAUCCCUCAUCAGUCUCUGAAGUUGUCCAACUGUUCAAAUCUGCCAUCGCUCAUUUACGCGCCAAUGAAGAUCAAUCCCAAGAAGUAAACACGGCUUUACAGAAAAGCCACGAUGAUAUUAUUUCACUCCCUCGCUCGCGUAAGACUGCGAGCGGGACACAUCGAGCAACUCUUUAUGGCAUGUUGGCUGGUCUCGGUACUCCGGCCGAUUCAUCUCUCGACGAAGACGUUUCCAGUCUUCUCACCCUGCUGGGAGGCGAAUCUGCCCCUGAUGCAGCCGUAUCUCUUGGCGAUUUACUGACUACAUGGAUCGGAAUCCUUCUGGCCACCAAGCCUUCAGCGCAAAGGGUUCAAGAAAUCGGGGCUUCCGUAGCAAAAGGAAUGGCGACGAAAUCGAAUGCAACCCUCCGAGCAACUUGGUGGUCUAUUGGUGCCACCUUGUUAUGGAAUGAUCAUCUCCCCAAUACUGGCUUCACUCGUCCUUUGUUGCCUGUGUUUGAUACAGCGCUUACAGCAGUUGGGACAGGUUUGACGGCCAAGGAAGACGUCUUACAAGAGGCAGUCGUUGCAGCAGCAUGCUUGUUGCGUCUAGCUGAUAUUAGCACGGAGCUGGCUAAAGAAAUUGCUGGUUUAGCGACAGUGCGGGCUCUCAGUACUACAACGACCGGUGACAAGGCCACUUGGCUUUUCAACGAGCGUGUCUACUCCCGAAUUGGUGUGCCCAGAGAAGGUAUUGACCCAGACGUUGUUGCACAAGAUGCUAUAUGGUGUGUCCGAGCACUAGCGGGAGCAUGGAAGAUUUCGCCAACAACACCGACCGCUCAAUCGCGUUUAGGCAGCAGUCUUCUCCAUUUCGCCCUUCGACCACAUCCCAGGGUUCGCAAGGUGGUUAUCGACACUAUCAGCGCUCAUCCCGGCGCCGGGGCUACCGUUAUUGCUGGAAUAGCUGCCUAUGUAUCGAAAAACGCUGCUUCCAACGGAAAAGUAGCUCAUUGCGCGGCCUUUCUGGCUACUGGCAUAGAUCAUAGCGAACAAGCAGUAGCAGAAGUGCUCAUAUUUGCUCAUCAUCACCUUAUCAACGCGCCUGGCCGCCAAACAUGGAUUGACAUCUGUCAACGAGCCGGCAUUGAUCCGCGAGAUGUCGUUGUUCGGCAGGGAGAACGAAUCGUAGAUUUGAUCCUCGCUGGCGCUGCCGAAGAUCCGAAGACCGGUCUUCCUGCUGCCUCGUAUGCUGCUCUCACCACAAUUGUCUUUGUUGCGCCAGACCUAAUACUUCCUCGCAUCGUUCAACAAUUGCAAGCUGACAUUGACUGCAACACUCUGAACUCAUUGACUGAGGAAGAGUUGGGCAUGUGGCGGAUGCCAGAAGGCACGGCCUUCAUAGACGUUCUCGCUUCGGCAAAAAAUGAAACCAAAGCUCCACAAAAAGGGAAGGACUUUGAAAUUGCGCGGUGGGAAGCCGAAGUCCGCAAAACGCUCGAUAGCAAGAAGGCUUCUGGAACUGCAUUGACUAAGCAGCAGCAAGCCCAACUGCAGGCACAACUAGCGCGUGAAAGUGUCGUUCGGCAACGUGUCAAUACUCUCAAAACCAAUCUUAUCCGCGGGCUGGCGUUCAUCCGAAGCAUAGUCGCUGCUUCCACUCCAGAUCUUCGUGUCUACGUACCGACAAUAGCCCAACUUCUUUUAGACGGUGCUCUAAGGCAGGGCUCAUUGUUAGUUGGUGAAGUGGCACUGGAAACUUACCUGGAGCUGGCUAAAUGUUGCUCUGAUCGACUCGAUACUUUCCGACUGUGGCUUGCUAUUGCCACACUUCGAAGUCUUAAUAUUGACUCCGUUCCAGAAGACAUGCGAGCUGAACCACUAAACAAUUUGGUCAUUCGUGUGCUAUUGCGCUUUCGCUCCCUGUCAGAACAAGUUGCAUUCGAUUCUGCGACCUUUUCAUACGCAUUCCCUCUUCUCGCCACCAUUCUUAAACAGGGCGGGAUACAAUAUGAAGACGAGGACGAAAGUCUCGAGCAACUCGCUCUAACGAUCGAGAUCGUCAAGUUCCACUGUGGAGAAUUCACUGAUGCCGCAUUCCCUCGUAAACAGACUAUCGAAGCUCUCUUGGCUGCUUUGCGCCAACAACUAAAGCUUGCCAAGGAAGCUAGUUCUGCCCUCGUUGAACUAGGAGAGGCAGCACAUGCGAAUGCUUCCCGAGAUGAGAUUCAAAUUUUGUUGCAAGGUACAUUAGCCCAAGAAGCACACGUCCGAACUGCCUGUCUUCAGACCCUUCAGCCCUUCGAUCUUACCGACUUGGAUUGGAGUCCAGAGCUCUGGGCCGCAUGUCAUGAUGAAGACGAACAAAAUACACGACUUGCGCGCCAUAUUUGGGACGACAACGGUCUUGACAUACCAGAGUCCUUCCUGCCAGAGCUUCUUGCUAUGUUGGGUCAUGAUAAUGUCUAUGUUCGUCGUGCAGCAGCCCCUUCAAUUGCUGAAGCGGUACAACAAUGGCCUCAAAUCCUUCAUACCACUCUUAUUAUUCUCGAAGACUACUAUCGUAGCAAGGCUAAAAUUUUGGCGCCAGAGUUUGACGAAUUUGGCAUGGUCAUUGCAGCCACAUUGGAUCGCUCGGACCCUUGGCAGGCUCGAGCUGCAUCAUCCGCUGUGUUCGAGUUACUUGCACCACUACUCUCGGAGGAAGAAGUCGAACCAUUUUUCGUCUUCUUAGUCCAAGACGAAGCUUUGGGUGACAGAGCUGCCGAGGUCCGCCAAGGCAUGCUUUCCGCUGGUACAGUUAUCAUCGAUCUGCAUGGCGCAAGCUGCCUUUCAGUCCUGAUUUCGAUGUUUGAAGCUCAUCUAGCCCAGCCGAGCCCAGCAACCGAAACUGGCGACCAGAUUAAAGAAGCUGUAGUAAUCUUAUUUGGUCGGCUCGCUCGUCAUUUGGAUGCUACGGACCUUCGAGUCCCGUCUAUAGUCGACAGAUUGAUCGAAGCACUUGAGACCCCUUCAGAACAGGUCCAGAUAGCGGUUUCGGACUGCUUGUCGCCUUUGGUCAAACUCAUGGGCGACAAGUUGGCCCCGCUUGUCGACAAGCUCAUGACUGAGCUCUUUGAUGCUCCUAAAUAUGCUGCUCGACGUGGUGCUGCUUACGGUCUGGCUGGUGUGUUGAAGGGCACUGGAAUUGCAGGCAUGAAGCAAUUUGACAUCAUACGGCGUCUCCGACUGGCGUCCGAAGACAAAAAACGCUACGAGUCACGCCAAGGGACCAUGUUCGCCUUUGAAACCUUGUCAACAACUCUCGGACGGCCAUUUGAGCCUUACAUCACAUACGUGUUGCCAUUGUUGUUGGCUUCCUUCGGAGACUCCACCAACGAUGUUAGAGAAGCAACUCAAGACGCUGCUCGCAUCAUCAUGGCAAACAUGUCCGGAUAUGGCGUGAAACUCAUCCUGCCUUCUCUUCUGUCCGGUCUCGACGAAAAACAGUGGCGUUCAAAGAAGGGUUCAAUUGAGCUCCUUGGUAUGAUGGCGUACUGCUCGCCACGACAACUAUCUCUCUCUCUUCCCAUUGUCAUUCCUCGGCUAACCGGUGUCCUGACCGAUUCUCAUGCUCAAGUUCGUGCGGCCGCGAACAAAAGCUUGAAACAAUUUGGUGAAGUCAUCACCAACCCUGAAAUCCAAUCACUGGUCCCUAUUCUGCUCAAAGCACUCGUGGAUCCAGGCAAAACGCCUAAUGCACUCUCCUCACUCCUUAAAACGUCCUUCAUGCAUUAUAUAGACCAUUCGUCACUCGCUUUGGUUGUUCCGAUCAUUGAACGAGGUCUCCGCGAACGAGGAGCCGAUACGAAAAAGAAGGCUGCCCAGAUUGUCGGAAAUCUGGCGUCACUGACGGACCCGAAGGACUUUGUGCCUUAUCUCUCAAAACUACUUCCAAUGGUUCACCAGGUCCUUGUUGAUCCUGUUCCCGAAGCCCGUGCGACUGCGGCCAAAGCGCUCGGUACUCUUGUGGAACGGCUGGGUGAAAUUCACUUCCCUGAUCUGGUUCCUGGCCUUUUGAGGACAUUGAAAACGGACACAUCGGGUGUCGAUCGACAAGGCGCCGCUCAAGGAUUGAGUGAAGUACUCUCUGGUCUCGGUAUGGAGAGACUCGAGGGAUUACUUCCUGAUAUUCUUGCAAAUGCUCAAUCACCUAGGCCAACUGUCCGUGAAGGCUUUAUGUCGCUACUUGUUUUCUUGCCCGCGACAUUUGGAUCCCGCUUCCAACCACAUCUUCCCAAAAUCAUCACCCCUAUUCUCAGUGGUCUGGCCGACGUGGAAGAGUAUGUUCGCGAGGCAGCCAUGCGCGCUGGGCGCAUGGUUGUCACAAAUUAUUCAUCAAAAGCCAUUGAUCUCCUCCUGCCUGAACUGGAACAUGGCAUGUUCGAUUCUUCAUGGCGUAUCCGGCAAUCGUCGAUCACCCUCGUAGGGGAGCUUCUUUUCAAGGUAUCGGGCAUUUCGGGGAAAACAUCGGACCUCGAUGAAGACGAGACAGCGGAAGUAGUGGUCUCGGAGUCCUCUAAACGCGCCCUUGUUGAAGUUCUUGGGACGGAGCGACGCGACCGCAUUCUUGCUUCUCUUUACCUUGUUCGUCAAGAUGGUGUCGGCGUCGUGCGAACCACUUCCAUCCAGAUUUGGAAAGCGCUCGUCAAUAACACACCGCGGACAGUUCGUGAAAUUCUACCUGAGCUCGUUCGCCAGAUCCUGUUCCUCAUUUCCAGCAAUGAGUUCGAGCAGCAGGAGACAACGGGGAGGACCAUCGGAGAACUGUGCCGCAAAUUUGGAGACCGUGUACUCUCAGAGAUGGUUGCUAUUCUCCGAACCAAUUCGACAUCUCAGGACUCAAGGACGCGUGAAGGGGUUUGCUUAAUGCUGAGCGAGAUUAUGGAAAACUCGACGGAAUCACAACGUGAAGGCCACGAUGAUGACAUAAUCGCCAUAGUCCGGGGAGCCUUAGUGGAUGAUGAAUCGAACGUCAGGACAGCAGCUGCGAGGGCAUUUGAUAUUCUACAAGAACAUAUCGGUCCUAAAGCUAUCGACCAAACGAUCCCAACCCUUCUUGAUGCUCUGCGUCAGCCUGGUAAGAGCUCGGGCACCGCUCUAAAAGCUCUACGGGAAGUCAUGAGUGUUCGGGCAUCGACAGUAUUCCCUGUGCUCAUUCCAACACUGACCGCGACGCCCAUGACAGCAUUCAAUGCUCGCGCACUGGCCACAUUGGUCACCGUGGCUGGCACGGCACUGAGCAGGCGAUUGACCACGAUUAUGACUGCACUCGUUAGGGUUCUUGAAGAUACUCAAGAUGAAGAGCUUCAAGGCGCGGUCGACGAAGCAGUCCGAGCCCUCUUGGCCUCCGUUUCUGAUGCGGAAGGUCUUAAUACCCUGAUGUUAUUAUUACUGGGAUGGGCGAAACACGAUUCUCCGAGACGGCGGGUCAGCGCUUGUGACCUUUUCGCGAUUUUCUGUGAGGAGUCGACAGAAGAUUCGUCGCUCUAUCGAGUGGACUGGAUCCGACAAUUGGUUUCUUUGUUGGAAGACCAGCAAGUACCAGUCCAUACUGCGGCAUGGACAGCUCUUGAUGUAUUCGUCAAAUCACUACCCAAGGACGAGUUAGAGCCUUUAGUUGUCCCCCUACGACGAAGUAUCGAAUCAACAGGUGGUCCUGGUCACCAUGUACCAGGUUUCGGUCUGCCCAAGGGUAUCGCUCCAACGGUACCCAUUAUCAUCGCGGGCUUAACCACCGGAAGCAACGAGCAACGCGAACAGGCGGCAUACGCCAUCGGAGACCUUGUGGAACGAACAGAAGAGAAUGCUAUCAAGGCUUAUGUGGUCCCUUUCACCGGACCGCUCAUCCGAGUCGCUACCCAAGCAGCCACUUAUCCGCCACCGGUCAAGACAGCGAUCCUUGUUGCUCUCACCACGAUGUUGGAGCGCAUACCUGUCUUCGUCAAGCCAUUCUUCCCUCAAUUACAACGGACUUUCGUCAAAAGCGCCAGCGACCCUGCUAGUGUGGUGGUGCGGACAAAAGCGGCGCAAGCUCUUGGUGCCCUGAUGCGCAAUCAACCACGAGUCGAUCCUGUCGUCACAGAGUUGAUCACAGGCAUUGGGUCCAAUGACGAUACUCUGGGCAGCAGUUUGAUCCUAGCCUUGAGUCACGUGGUCAGAAAUGCAUCACAACAUAUAGGAGAAAAAGCGAGAGAUUCUUGCGUUGAGCUUGCCAAUGAAGCAUUUCGAGAGACUCAUGAUGAAACGUAUACCCGUGCUAUUGGUGAUCUAAUCAAGUCGCUUUCCGUCUUCCCCAAUCUUCUUCGGCCACUCGUAGAAGCACAUCUCGUUGGUGGAACACCCCCUUCCAUCAUUGCUUCGCAAACAAUUCUAGCGGUCGUGACUCCAGAUCAAGACGCAGAGACGCCAGAGUUAAAUCUGUUCCAAAAGCUGUCACUGAUGCCCGCGGUCAUGCAGAAGAUUAAAGAGAGUCUUGGAAGUGAUAAGCCGUUCAUCACCCGGCCUGCGCGAGAGGCUCGGGAUGUUUUGAGGACGUUGGAGGAGCAGGGCGUACUAUGA